AUGAAAUGUACCGACGAAUAUGAUCCUAUCAGUAAUAGACAGCGCAUGCGGGGAUGGGGAGGUUGUGGUAUUUUAUGGAGAGCACAUUUAGACCAAUUUGUGAAAAUUCAUAAUGAUGGUAAUGAACGUAUUUGUGUUAUAACUUUAGACACUAAGCCAAAACCAAUUUGUAUUGUGGCCGUAUAUAUGCCCUGUACUGGUAGUAAGGAAUAUGACCGAAAAUAUGAGCAAUGUUUUGAUGAGAUAAGUGAAUUAACUAUUAAAUUUGCAGAUCAUACCAUAAUAGUGCUAGGUGAUUUAAAUGCCUCAUUGAUUCGUAAACAGAAAACUACAAGAGACAAAGUGUUUUUAACAUCAAUACAGGAAAUAAACUUAUGUGUACCAAGGAAUUAUCCUUCUAGUCAUACUUUUUUUCACCAUAAUGACAAAGCUUCGUCACAAAUAGACUAUAUUUUAGCUUUUAAUGAUAAUAACUUUUUUACUAAGACAGAUAUAUAUUGUAUGUCGCCGUUAAAUUUGUCAUCUCAUGUGCCAGUGACCGCCAACUUUAUCUGUAAUUUAUAUGCGUCAGAAAAGAAUGAUGUAGUCAAUACUGCUACGACGAAUAGAAUCAACUGGGAGAAAUGUGAUACGUUGAAGUACCAAAGGCUACUUGAUGAAAAAUUUAAUUCCUUAGAUAUUACAUCUGGAACUUUAGAUGAACAAUUUCAAAAUGUGGCUGAUAUUUUUAAAACGAGUGCAGAGGAAUCUUCAGAGGAGGUUAAAAAACGUAGGGUUCGAAAAUUAAAACCGUGGCCUAUAAAUUUGAGAAGUCUAUGUCAUGACAGUAAACAAGCAUAUAAUAUUUUUAAACAAGAUGGGGGAAAUAAAUGUGAAACUAACGCUCUAUGGGUGAACUGUAAAGUGGCUAAAAAGAAACUUCGACAAGCUCAGAGGCAGCUGGAUGCGAAUAAUAGAUAUAAACUGUACUAUGAAAUAAUGGACUCGUAUACUUCAAAUCAGAAGCUCUUUUACAAACUUAUUAAUAUUCAAAGAACUGGACAAGUUAAGAAACUGACUAAAUUAGUUAUUGAUGGCAUAAAUCUUGAGUCCUCAGAAGAAAUAAGGGAUGGAUGGGCCUCGUAUUUCGAAAAAUUAAGUACUUUAUCUACAAGUUCAUCAUUUUGUGAUCAUCAGCAUCAAAUUGUGAAGCGUAAUAUACAAAAUAUUUUGACACUACAAAAUUCAGGGAAUAAGGGAAGGCAAUAUGCAACUUUAGAUGAAGUUACAGCAGCUAUAAGCAAAAUGAAAAAUGGAAAGUCACCUGACGAAUUAAAUCUAAUGAGUGAACAUUUGAAAUGUGGUGGUCAAAUAGUACCUAUAAUUUUAAAAGCUCUUUUUGAUCGUGUUUUACAAGAAAGAGAUGUACCUGAAAUUUUUCAGUCUGGAAUUAUUACACCAAUACACAAGAGUCAUGGUAAACCCUUGCAGGAUCCAAAUUCUUAUAGGCGAAUUACAGUAUGUAGUAUAAUGGGAAAAGUUUUUGAGACUAUACAUUUGUCGAAAAUUUCACCAGAUUUAGAUAGACUUCAAAAUAAAUUGCAACGUGGUUUUACUAAACGGGUAUCUCCAACAAAUGCAGCUUUAUUGCUUACUGAGGCGCUAGCUGAUGCAAAGGAUCGUAAAAAGAAAGUAUUUGUAGCCUUUAUUGAUGCCUCUAAAGCAUUUGAUGUUGUGUGGCAUGACUCUUUAAUGUUAAAACUUUUUCAGUCUGGAAUUAAGGAUGAGGAUUGGAUUGUUGUAUAUAAAUGGUAUCAACAAAUGAGAUCAAAGGUUAAGUGGGAUGGACAGUUUUCUAGAGCUUUUGAUGAGCAACAGGGAGUUAGACAAGGAGGUAUUUUGUCUCCUACUCUGUAUAAACUUUAUAUUAAUCCAUUAUUAGAUUGGUAUCAAAACAAGCAUUUGGGCUUCCGUAUUGGAACGAUACAUAUUGCUUCACCAGCAUGCGCAGAUGAUAUUGUGUUAUUGGCGGAAGAUGCUAUUUCAUUACAGACAAUGUUAAAUUUACAAGAAACUUUUGCAAAUAAAGAUAGAUAUUUUAUUAGUGAAGCUAAAAGUAAAAUUAUGACUUUCAAUAGUAGAAGAAAUGAAAAAUGUGUGGAUGAAUUUUAUUUACAUGAAAAACCUAUAGAACAUGUUGUUUCAUAUACUCAUGUGGGAAUUAAUCGAAAUUCAGAAGAAAAAUGUUUGGUAUCAGAAAGAAUUAAAUUAGCUAGACGAACCUGCUAUUCGCUAAUGGGUGCAGGUAUGCACGGAUAUAAUGGAGUCAACCCGAAUAUAGUCAUCAAACUAUGGAAUACAUAUGUUCGCCCACGAUUAAUUUUUGGACUAGACUGUGUAACACUUAGCAGAAAGGAAUUGGAUGAAUUGAACUUUUUUCACAAAUCACAACUUAAAAUUCUGCAAAAUUUGCCAGAACGAACCGCUGAUGCAGCAAUAUAUAUUCUGUCUGGCCAAAUGCCAAUAGAAGCGUUUUUACAUAGACAAAUUUUAGUGAACUUUGGUAACAUUGUGCGAAAUAAUGAUAUAGAGAAGGAGAUUUGUAUUAGACAACUUGUGAUGAAGGAUAACACCUCUCAUAGCUGGUUUAUAUAUGUGGACGCUAUACUCUCAUUGUAUGAAUUUGAAUCUAUUUUUGACAUUUUAAACUCGAUUCCAAAUAGAGAAAGCUGGAAAAUCUAUGUGAAACAGAGAAUAGAAACAUUCUGGAAACAGAAGAUAACGAAUAUGGCAGAAGGCAAAUCUACUCUUCGCUUCUUGCAUCCUAUGUCAAUGAAUUGUGGAACUGUUCAUAACGUUUGGGCCAACACAGGACUUGACUCUAUUUCUAUUAUGAAAGCUAAUGUAAAAGCUAGAUUACUUACAGGAGUGUAUACACUGCAAUCAAAUCGUAGUAGAUUUAACAAGUAUGAAUGAAGUAGGAGAUAUAAGGCUACUGGUGCAGUGUAAAAGGAAAUCCGAGUGAAGUACCAAUAAAAAUGUGC